UUGAAAAUUUUUUGUUUCAUAAAUUCUUAAUUACAUAUUUCUAUAAAUUAUUAUUAUUUCUGUUGGUUAAAAUGAGCGCUUCUCCUCCACCUGAUGACGGUACUUACGACUACAUUCAAUCUGUAAUCAAGAAGGAAAAGGAAACAACUGCUGAGAAUCUUAGAUUACGAAAGAAGAUCGUCAACGCAAUUGUUGUUCUUAUCGGGUCCGACGAGAAUUUGCUCUGCGAAGUUCAGAAGAUGAAGACUAAGCCAAGUGAAGAGCCUAAGGAUGUCGUAAAGAAGAAGAAGGCUAAAAGUGAAUCUCCAAAGAAGCGAGACAAGAAUGAUAGUAAAGAGGCAAUAUAA